AAAACCACUACUACUUUCAAAAACUUCAUAAUUCAGAGCAAUCUUCUAUGGUGAAAAUGGGCAUUAUGAGGUUGCCAACCAGAAGUCUGAAAAUACUGCAAUCUCUUCCUUCUAGAAAUCAUCACCACCAUCAAUCAAAUGUCCCAAAAGGGCACAUUGCAGUUUAUGUGGGAGAGAUUCAGAGGAAGAGAUUUGUGGUUCCCAUAUCAUAUUUGAACCAUCCUUCAUUCAGAGAGUUGCUUAAUAGAGCUGAGGAAGAGUUUGGAUUUGAUCAUCCAAUGGGUGGUCUUACUAUCCCAUGCAGGGAAGACACCUUCAUUCAUCUCACUUCUCAGAUUUCUGAAUAAUGCCUCUUGGAAACAAAAAAUAAAAAUAAAAAAAUAAAUGGAAGAAAAAAGAAGGAGCCCCAAUUUAUUUUUUUUGUCUUUAUAUUGUUUUCUGAGAAAAUCUUAGAUGUAUGUUGAUUUAGAAGAGUUUUAUUGUAGGAGAGAGCUAGACCCAUUAUCAAAAUGAUGGCUUUUUUUAUGUAUAUUAUAAA